CAGGCGCGACAGUCGCUACUCGUGUAGGAAGAAGGCGUUGCUUCAUCGACGACUUCAGACCGCAGCUACCACCAUGGGACAGUGGUUCCGGAAGUGGCGCAUCGACAUUAACCCCACGAAAAGCACAGCGGUGCUCUUCAAAAGGGGUCGCCCUCCGAACACCACGCUGAGCAUCCCUCUCCCGACUAGGCGCGUCAACACCCCCGCCCCCGCCGUUCGCCCAAUCACGAUGUACGACCAGCCCAUACCGUGGGCCCCGAAGGUCAAAUAUUUAGGCGUCACCCUCGACAGUAGGAUGACAUUCCGCCCCCACAUCAAGACGGUACGCGACCGUGCCGCCUUCAUUCUAGGACGUCUCUACCCGAUGAUAUGUAGGCGAAGUAAAAUGUCCCUUAGAAAUAAGGUGACACUCUACAAAACUUGCAUACGCCCCGUCAUGACCUAUGCAAGUGUAGUGUUCGCUCACGCGGCCCGCAUACACUUAAAAUCCUUUCAAAUUAUUCAAUCCCGUUUUUGCAGGAUAGCCGUCGGAGCCCCGUGGUUCGUCAGGAACGUCGACCUCCAUGACGACCUGGACUUAGAGUCCAUCAGUGUGGGCAAAACGAGCUUGGUCGUGCGUUACAUCGGGAAGAUGUUCUCGAAGCACGUCUCACCUACCAUCGGAGCGUCUUUCUUCACGUGUAACAUUAGCGUGGAAAACGCAAGAGUCAAACUCCAGGUCUGGGACACGGCUGGUCAGGAGAGGUUCAGGUCAAUGGCCCCGAUGUACUACAGAAAUGCCAACGCGGCGCUCCUGGUCUUCGACAUCACGAGCAUGCAAAGCUUCACAGCCAUCAAGGGCUGGGUCAAAGAACUGCAAAGCAAUGUUCCAGAGGCGAUGGUGUUGUCCGUUGUCGGCAAUAAAAGCGAUCUGGAAUCCCUGAGAGCGGUCCCUUACAAUGAGGCGACGCAGUAUGCCGCCACCAUCGGGGCCGCUUACUGUGAAACGUCCGCGCUGCACGAUCAGGGCAUCGAAAAAGUAUUCAAGAAUACCGCGAUAUCACUGCUGCAACUGUCCUCCAGUAACCUGGUCUCCUCGCUGCGGUCCUAUGAUUCAACAGAAGAGAAAAUUCCAACAGCCAGCACAACCAACGACCGCGCGACCCACACCGCCAAAGUGGAGCUGCCGGCCUGGAGCAUCGACAGCAUAGCGCACGGGGAACCCCAGAAAAACAUGUGUUGCUAGCCUUCAAAAAAAUUCCCCAAAUUACGGGUAAUCCGGCUCUGUUAAUACCCAACCAACGAAUCGAAGCAAAACUGCGGACAAUAUUGACAAUGUUAUUAUUAAUAAUUCAGUGUCAGAGAGUGAUAAAAGUCUGAAGUUUUCAGCUGAUGUCUAGGGGCAUCAGUGAGUGCUAGCCGUCACAGCGAUGUGCUUGUAUGCCCGUUAAGUCAAUAAUCAGUGAAAUUGGUUAAUGAUAAAUCGAAACUAUUAACCACAUGUGACGUCAUACGUUGGGAGCGGCUUAACCGCUGAUUCAACAUAACGGCCCGUCUGACGUUAAGUCUUCGGGUAUUCGUAAAUUGAAUCAGUAAAAUUACUAAUAAAAUAUAUUUUGUAAUGAAAAUAGUAAUUAAAUAAUGUCUUUUCCCACAUGUAUAUCGACGCUUGAAAGGCAAACACGACUAAGCGACAAUGAACUUUAUAGUAGACUAAUUUAAAGUUGAAAUACCUGAAAAAAAUUCUAUUUUAACGAAUCUACCUGUAGGAUUGAAAUGAUUUUAAUAGACCUAGAAAUAUAUUUUGUUUUUGCGCAUCGAAUAUUGGUUAUUGCCUAUCAUUUAUGUACAAAGCAGUUAUUGUCGCUUGGUCACGUUUGCCUGUCAAGCGUCGAUAUGUUUAGGGGUCUGAUAAUUGUGACCUAUUAUUAUUGCCAUUUAUUGCCUAUUGGCUCGUAACAAUACGAUUAUAAUUGUUACUCAAUUGGUUAUAUCGAGGGUUGAAAGAUUAUUUGAUUUAAACGACAUUUUUACAAUUUUAUAGGAGAACCAUUUAAAGUUCAUGAAAAGUCUACCCAUCUCUCUCUCGCGCGGUCUAGCUUAUGAGUGUGAAGGGGACAGUUAAUGUUUUGCUUUUAUUAAUGUUUAUAAAUAUAGCGUGGUCUUAUUUUAUUAUUGUUUUAAUAUUAAAUUAUUAUUGUCUUAUUAUAAUUAGAUAAGUUGACAAAAAAUGCUAUGCAAUACCUUUACCGCGGCAAUCCCUGAGUGCCACACGUUUUUUUUUUAUUGCCCUUGUAGGCAGACGAGCAUACGGCCCACUUGAUGGUGAGUAGUUACCGUCGCCCAUGGACUUCAGCAAUGCCAGGGGCAGAGCCAAGCCGCUGCCUACCGCUUAAUACUCUCGACAAGCCUCGUUUGAAGAAGGACAUGUCAUAGCAUUUCACCAGGACAGGUGGGCGAACAAAAGCUCAGCCAGGAUGAGUGGGAUUUGUUAACAGCCGAGGGGCCUCCGAAGGAGACGAGCCUCGAACUCAGCUCAGUCGAGGAUUACCUGAGGACUAUUAAACUUGCUCUUGUCAAUUGAAGUACUGCUAUAGGAUAGAGAUAAGGAGCACUUUCUUGUAUAAGGGACAAGUUGAAGAAGUGUCCGCCUGUAAAUAGAGAGUUAUUGUUGAUCUUACUUCUUACUUCUUGAUCUUACUCUAUAUUAUCUGUGAGUGUGGAAAAUUUCAUACUCCUCCGUCCGCGUAAUUUUCGUACAAAAACGUUCAAAGUUUUUGCUUCACGUAUUAAUAUAUAGAUUAUUAUUUACGUAGGAAGUUUUUUUUUUCCGUCUUAAUUUAGUAUGUGUUACUAUAAUAGCUUAUGGCGCUGUUUUAAAAAAUUCUCCCACUUGCUACAGUGGCGCCACCUUAAUUGACUCUCUCAGCGGACACUUUUUAAAUACACUAAGUUGGUGCUCUUUCUUUCUACCCUACGUAAAUUGAAGACAUAUUGAGGUAUCUUCAAGCUCCAGUAAGAAAUUUAUUUGGUUCAAUUUUCACAAUCCAAGCUGACAUUUUGUUAUCUAGUUUAAAUUUUAUUUUUAAUUCUGACAUUAUGUUUAUGUCUUUAAUUAUAAUAAUGUUAAUGGCAAUGUUGUGUUAAAAAAAGUAUUGUCAUUUAAAGAUAUUAGUUUUUAUCUGUAUUUUCUAGUUUUUUAGUUAAUUAUUGACUUUUUGGCGGAAACGCGAGGAGUGAAGUUGUGUGAUUUGUUUUAUUUUGUCUAUUUAGUGUUUCUUCAGGUUUAAAUGUGUAAUAACGGUGGUUUAUUAACUGUUUAGUAUCUGUGAAAGUGCAGUAAUGUAGGGAAAUUAAACAAAGCCGCUGGACGUAGCACUCGAGAUCCUCCAAAAAGUCCACUGAAAAAAUUUCAAUAAACGAUAACCAUUUUACUGAGAUUAUAUUUCAUUCCAUAUCAUCUCAUUUCAUUUAAUUUCAUUUCACUCCAAAUUAUCAUUUUUCAUAAAAAAAAGAAUAUAAAUUAAAAUAAGACUUGACCUAAAGGUCUUGGUUACCAGGUCAUAAAAUUCUUUAAAAAAAAAUGUUAGUUAUUUAUAUAUAUUUUUUUAAAUAUUAGAUAGUACUUACCGUUUAAAAUGUGUUAUAAAUUGUGAUAAUUAUAUAAAAUUUGUACAAUAAUCGAAAUAUUGACGUAAUUUGGAAUUUAAUUGAUGUUAUACAACACGUCAAACAUGGCGCGACUGACUGAUCCAUCUUGGACUUAACUGAUCCGAAGCCGGACUUCCCUGGAUCAAUUUUUGGGCCAAUACGAAAAUUUCAUCGAAAUUUGUUCAGCUCUUUCAAAGUCUACAGAGGACAUACACACAACGACACAUCUAUACUAAUAUUAUAAAGAGGAAAGAUUUGUUUGUUUGUUUGUAUUGAAUAGGCUUCGAAAAUUUUGAACCGAUUUGAAAAAUUCUUUCACUGUUUGGAAGCUACACUAUUCCCGAGUGACAUAGGCUGUAAUCUUUUUUGAAAAAAAUUAGGGAUCCUUACUAAAACUCCAAUAAUGUAGCCCAAGGUGUAAAAAAUUACCUAAAAUAUUCUUUACACCGCGUGCCCUGCGAAAACUAUUGAUGAUAGAAUAAAAUAAUGUACUACGACUUUGUAGAAUACAUUAUUAUUUACAAAAAGUGUCGCGACAGCAUAUGUCUAACUAUUAUAAUUAUGCCGCAAUUAGUGUUCUUUUAUUUAAAAAAAUUAAACAACGUCAAAUAUCGUUGAAAUUUUUGUUAAAGACCCGAUCGGAGCCGGAGCGGGCCGCUUGUAAAUAUAUAUAUCGAGGAUUGAAAAGCUAUUUGGUUUAAGCGACAUUUAUCUUUGUAAUUAAAGGUCCGUUUUAUUUGGUAUUAAUAUCAACAGAUCGAUAUUUUUAAUUGAACUUCAAUUAAGUUUACUAAGUUAGUAACAAUUAACUUAGUAAGUUUAAAGAAGAUUUUUUUUAUUACCUAUGAUAUUUUUUCCAAAUUUUAAACUUUAAUGGCUCUUUUAUAAAGUUGCAACAAUGUCGCUUGAACCAAACGGCCUUUCAUCCAUCGAUAUAAUAUGUAUAUAUAAUAUACCUAUAUAUUAUAAUCAGGGACGUCUUAAACUAGGAUGGAGCCCUCGGGCACACAAUAAUUUGAGGCCCUUUUGGAAAAUAAAAAAAGCGAAUUAUAAUAACAUUUUUUUACUGAGUUUGAGACCAUUUAUCAAUCAAAUACAGUAUGAUAAAAUAUGUCAUGUAUUCGAAUGCUGCUGGUUUUUUGGUUACGAUUUCGAUAACGGUUUCUUUCGGGAUUUCUGUUGAGCAAAAUCUUCUAUUAUAGGCGUAGUAUAUGCCUUGUAAAUACCUUCUGAUUACUGAUUUGUGAAAAUGGUGUACUGUGCCCGACAAAAAUGUUUUGAAAAUAAACGUGUGAGAGAAAUUGUCGGUCUUUCGGGCCCCCCUGAGAAUAGGGGCCCUGGGCACGGGCCCCGUGUGCCCUUAUGGUAAAGACGGUAUUGAUUAUAAUGGGCUUGGUCACGUUUACGAUUAAAGUUUUAUAUACAUAUUCGCCACUAUUGGGAUUGUCUAAACUGAAUUUCUUUCAACGACAUUCCCUUACGUCUCGUCGAAGGACAUUCUGGGGAUAGCACCUUGUCACUGUCAUUGUCCAUGACAGCGCUAUAUAGAGACGAGUGAUAAUGCUGCCUUAACUGGAACGUUACAGGGUCAUCGCGUGAUUCAUACAUAAUAUGAAGCCGUCAUCAGCGCAAAAGUGGCCUAAGCAUACCAUAGUUAUUAUGGAGCAAUGAGGCUUAAAGGCUUCGUCAAACAGAACGCGUAAUUAGCGCGCGUCAGAACGCUAAACUGACGGCGCGCUAUGACGCCGAGAUGUGUUGUACUACUAUGGUAAUAUACCGUCAAACAGAGCCCCGGCGCUAUAAGUACGCAGCGCUCUGUCGCGGCGUUAGGACGAUUUGACGUCAGGCGUUGUUUUUAUUAUUAUUAUUUUUUUUUACAAAUUUAUUUUUUUACAAAUUUUAGUUUUUCCGAGUGAAUGUAUGUUAAAAUACUAGAUAAUGCUCGAAAAAUUUAUAGAAAUAGUUAGAAAAUACCCAUGCUUAUACAAUGCCGCAUCUAAAUCACUCGAUUUCUGAAUACUUUUAAAUUUUCACACUGCUAUCGAAAGGCACUAUGAUUUGGCCAAUGCGUUGCGUCAAGGAGCGUUGGACUCAUCUAGUCAAUUGGUGUGACAUGAAAAGAGCGCGACGUUAAAACGCAGCGCUAAGUACGCUUUCUGUUUGACGAAGCCUUAAGUUUUCAUGAAUUUGAAUUUGUGUAGGCAAAAAAACAAUACGCGCAAAAAUAAUGUUUACAGAGCCAUCUGUUAUCUAAGGGUGAAACUAUGGAUAGAUUUUGCAUCAAAACUUAUUAUAUUUCAAAAUAAAUUGCAAUAUACAUAGUAAUUAUAAGCAUGAUUAUAAAAAAAUUUGGGUUAAGCCUCUUUUGCGCUGACGGCCUUAUAUAUAACCUUGUUUUUGUUAAUAGUGAUUCUGAAACUAGAAAACGUGCGUUUGUUUGGGUACAUAACGUUAUAUAUGAGUCGACUAUUAUCAAAGCCGGCAAUGUGACUUUUGGACAAUGAUUGGUAAAUCAGAAAAACGAAUUAUUGACUUUGUAUUCCAUUGGCAGUCACAAAACUCUUCUGAACGACAUCUUAGAUAAAUAACAGGUUAAGUAUUAACCUUUAUUUAAUGCGGGUUUUGAACCGUAUUCUUUGAAGGAGACGAUUAUAUUCAAAUCAAUCUGUAUUGACAUAUCAAUAAAAAUUUUUUGUCCAAAUGCACAGAUUGCCACCUUUGAUAAUAGACGACUCAUAUAUCGAGACGUGAAAAGCUAUUUGGCUUAAGCGACAUUUUUACAACCUCACAAGAGAGUCAUUUAUAAUUAAAGAUUUGGAAAAAAUAUCAUAACAAAAAAAGACUUCUUCAGAUAUUUGAAUGGCGUAAACUGUCAAUUAAAAACAUCGAAGUGUUGAUGCUAAUCUAUAUCUAUACUAAUAUAUAAAUCUACAGUGGUUUUUACGGAUGUUCCAUUAUAACUACUGAACCGUGCAUCCGAUUGACUUGUAACUUGGUAUCCAUGUAGAAAAUACAUGUACUUAAUGGAUAGGCUAUUAUUUGAGUUUUGGACUCCCUAAUAAUAAUGAUAAAUAAAUAAUAAUAUUAAUUUUAAAUACCCAGCGAAGCGGGCGAGUACGACUAUACCAAAUAAAAGGGACCUUUAAUUACAAAGAUGGCUUAAACCAAAUAACCUUUUAUUUCUCGUUAUGUAAGUACCGUCCAGCUCCGGAGCGGAGUCCUCAUAGCAGCGUUUCCUUACCACUGCCACCACAAAAGAGGAUCACAAAGAGUCCUCAUCGAUAAAAUAUUGACGUAAUUCUCUUUUAUACUGGUGGUAGGAAGUCUUGUGAGUCCGCACGGGUAGGUACCACCACUUCACCUAUUUCUGCCGUGAAGCAGUAAUGCGUUUCGGUUUUAAGGGUAGGCCAGCCGUUGUAUUGUUAAAACUGAGACCUUAGAGCUCAUGUCUCGAGAUGGGUGGUGGCGUUUACGAUGUAAUUGUCUAUGGGCUCCGGUAGCCACUUAAUACCAGGUAGGCCGUGAGCUCUUCCACCGAUGUAGGCAAUAAAAAAAUAUCUAAAAUUAAUAGAACACUUUUUAUACCAGUGAGUUGGAAGGGGCUAUUUUUAAAUCCCCCCACCACUAUGGAAGGACACGUAUUAAAGUGGAUGGUGAUUUUGUUUAGUAGAAAAAUUUAUUGUCACUAAUGUAUCCGAUUAUAAUUACUAAAAUGGCGCCAUAAAACAGACGCACGUACAACCGACAAUAAUACACUUAAUAAAGUUAUUUUAUAUUACGUCUCACGUAUUUUAAUAAAAGUAUUGAAUUUAA